CAAACCUUAAACAUUUGGAAGACAAUCAUGUCCUAAGCCAGAGAUUAAAAAAAGUUUUUGGUUUAAAUAUCCAAAGACCUACUUCUUCUAUCGGUGUCUCUCUCUCUCUCUCUCGCCACCGAUCAUCAUGGUCUGCACCGCCAUUGAAAUCUACGUCAUCCUUUGAUCUCUAGCUCUCUCCAAAGAUGCAUGCGUUGCUUACUUUCGGAAUCUGGGGAAGUUCCAAUUCAAUCAAUUGAAGAAAAAAGCUGAGCCUUUAUUGGUUUUGGAAGAAUUGGUGGUGGUGGGAUCUAUCAUCUAUGGAUCGGAAACGUAGAGGUUGACAGAGAGACGUUUCUAGGUUUGAUUGAUCUGUUCAAAUAAGAACACAAUCUCUUUGUUAAUUUUGGUGUUCUUUGAGCUCUCAUGUCAACUAGUGUUCAAGGAGAGACAAUGGAUCUUGAUUUGAAUCAAGAGCCGUCUUCUGAUUCGGAGUCUCCGGGUGGUUUGAUGACGGCGCUUUCUCCAAUGUUAGAAGAGCUUGAAUCUGCUCAAGAGCGGAUUCAAGAACGCAUAAGACAGCUUGAAGUGAUAGUUUCGAGAAUCAGGGAACGAGAAAUAACAACAACAACAACACCGGCUUUGGUGUCGCCUAACGAACAUAGAGAUUCAACUGCUGGAGUUAUACAUGAGCGUUCUCGAGAGAGACUUGUCGAAAAUGGCGAAAACAAGACUUAUUUGAUAGCCAAGGCAUUGAACAUGGAGAAAACAAGCUCUGUUCCUGGUGGCUUCUUUGACUGCAACAUAUGUUUAGAGAAAGCUGAAGAUCCGAUUUUGACUUGUUGUGGUCAUUUGUUCUGUUGGGGUUGCUUCUAUCAGUUGCCUUUAAUUUACUUAAACAUAAAGGAAUGUCCGGUUUGCGAUGGGGAAGUGACUGACGCCGAGGUGAUUCCGAUAUAUGGUAAUGGAGAUGAUUGUGAUGGUACUAAACCAAAGUUAGAAGAUUGUGGUAUUAGUCUACCUCCAAGGCCUAAUGCUAAAAGAGUGGAAAGUGUUCGUCAAAAGAUCAUAAACCGAGGGAACCCUUUCUUCCCUGGGCACGAAAACGAAGCAAUCGAACAUAUUAGAAGAACUAUUGAUUCCAUAGGACUACAAGCUUUAGCUCAAGGCGAUGAGUUUGGUUUGACAAACAUAAUAAACAAUGGAGGAGACAAUGGUGGACAACAACAACAACAACAACAUCAUCAUCAUCAUCAUCCGCCUUUUGGACCUUUGAGGUUAUUGCCACCAUAUGCUACUUUCCCAGGUCUUCUAGUUGAUACCUCAGACAUACCAGCACCCUUUGAUGAUGAUGCUUUUGAUGUUGAUAGUUUUGUUGACACAACUAGUUUGAGAAGAAACCGUAGAAGACCUUCACCAGCCGUACGAGCUUCUUAUCAGAGAAACCGAAGUAACAAUGCUUCUCAAACGAUUUCGUUCAGGCUCGGUUCUUCAGCUUCAUCAGCACCUAGAGAGUUUGCUGUUCCAAGCUCCUCCAUUAUGACGAGAAGCCAAACUGUAAACCCUACUGAAGUGGUUACUUCGAGUACUUCAGCUUCAUCGUCUAGGAGAAGAACAGAAGAUGUAAACAAUGGACCUCGGACCAGGUCUAGAAGGAGGCUGAGGUAAAAAGGAAAAACGGUCGCCGGAAUCUUGACACCAUCCAUUCUCAACCAUUGCUCCAUCAUUACUAAAACCUCAUCAUAACUCUGUUCUUGUCUGAAUACUGAAUGUAUAUGUACAUUCUAUGUCUACUUGUAAUUUCUGCUAGCCUCUGAAACUUUGGAUAUCAUAUCUUUGUUUUUUUUUUGGGAAAAUAAUUUAACUUGAUAUCCUGAAGUGUUUGAUUUCAACAAGUAUAUUUCUUAUACAUCUUAAACUUAUGGGGUUAGUUUAUUAGAAGGAAAAAAUACUAGGGGUAAAUUCGCAAUUUAA